GUUCCUAUUCGAUUGGUGUCGCAAAAAAAUAUGGUGAAAAAUAUAUGAAAAAUACAAAAAAAAUGUUAAUAAGAAUUAAAUUUUUGGAAAAACUAUUUGCAUAAUAACAUUAUGGACAGAAAUAUAUUUACUUAGUACAAAAAUAGAAAUAGACAAUACGUGAAAAGAGUAUAAAAUAAAUGUGGAUAAUCUAUUUUUAAUACUAAACAUUGACAUUUGUAAUAUUUAUAUACAUAUAAACAUAGUUGAAUGAAAAAUGUCAAACUUCAUUAUAUUUACAAUUUCUUAUGCUUUAUUGGUGGCUGGAAUUGUAUAUCCGCCACAAGAAUUUGUAUCAGCAGGAAUUACGAUUACUGAAAUAUUUGCUUCAUGGUUAGGUUCUGAACCAAAUGCUUUCAUACAGUACCAUAUCAAAAGAAGUAUUCUAACUCUUCUAAUACAUUCUCUUCUACCUCUUGGAUAUGUUGCUGGAUUAUCUUUAUUUGGACAUAUUGAUGUUAUUCAUCUUUUAUUUGGUACUGAACAACCGAUUUGGUCGACUCUAUGUCUCUGUGCCCUAGUUGGCCCAAUUUAUUCUUUGUAUAGAAUUCUUAUAUGGUCACAAACAAAUUGGUCUAAACAUCCCAUUGCUAUAAAUUUAUCAGUAUACUGUGAUGAAGAAAAUAAGACGUGGAUGGAUGUUGCUGCAAACAUAAAUAGAGAAUUUAAAAGCUUAGAUAAAUUACAAAUAAUUUCAAAUACAGUUACUAAGGUUGUCGUAACCGAUAAUUGGAUUAUUAAAGUUUCACCCUACCGAUUAGAUGUUGCUAGUCAAUCAAAUGCUAAAUUAAUAUGUUACAAAGUCAGUUCUUACGCAUCAACAUCAUCAAUGGCUGAAGAAUCAAUCUCUACUUAUGUAAAAUACAGGGUUUGCACAAAUCGACCUGGAGGAAAAAAUUUCACGGUACGAUUAAAUUAUAAUGAUGUAGAAAAUUUCACAGGAAAAGUAACAAUGCCCAUAUUCACUUUGCCCACAUGUGAAUUUCCAAAAAGGCUGAAAGAAAUAUAUAUUGAUUGGAUAAAAGAAGAAGUUAACAAGAACCCUUUUUACAUAACAAACCUAGAACUAGAAAAAUGCGCUAUAUGUAUUCAAACUACGUCUAAUGUGAAAAUAGUUAAACGAUGUCCAGACUUUCCUACCAUAGAUAAUACUCCAGCUUGUCGAACAUGUAACUGUCCACCAAGACUAUGUCUUGAUUGUCUAGUAAAAUGGUUCAUAGCAUCAUCUGUAGAUUUGAAUCGACACAUCGAAAACUUAACUCAAUUAAAAAGCAGUUGUCCACAGUGCCGUGCCACAUUUUGUAUUAGUGAUGUAAGUCAUGCUCUUUAUGAUCCAUUACAUGAAAGUGAUAAAGCAGUCCGAUAAGAUCCACAUAAUCAUUGACGAGUUAUUAUUGAAAAUUGAAUAAUUAUUUUUAUAAGAGCACCAUUUUUUACUAUCCUACAAUUUGUUCAAAUAUUUAAGAAAUUUUAAUUAUAUGGAACAGUGAUGUCUAAAGUUUUGAUUAUAGAAAUCUAUCGAUUUAUUCAGUAAAAGGAUUUCAUUAAAAAA